AUGGCCAAUGAAGACACUUCACAACUAGAAAAUCAUAUCAAUAAUGAACUAGAUUAUUAUGCAGUUUUGCAAUGUAAACCGAACUCUACACUAGAAGAACUCAAACAAAGUUAUCGCACUUUGAUAAAAAAGUUUCAUCCAGAUAAACAAUCUCAAAAGGGGAGCUCUGGAUCUGAAGAACUAUUCAUUCUUAUUGAUAAAGCAUAUAAAACAUUAAGUGAUACAAAAUUAAGAAAAGAAUAUGAUGCUCGGUUGAUAGAAAAUAAUUUUAAUGAAAAUUCUUUAAUAUAUGCAGAAUUAAACAAAUCUGAUUUAAAGUUUGUUAAUGAAGUUUGUUAUUUUCCUUGCAGAUGUGGACAAAAUAUUGAAAUAAGUGCUGAUGUUUUACAAGAAGAGGAAUGUUUAGUGGAAUGUUCUGAAUGUACCAAUUGUAUUUUAAUAAAGUAA